AGACUACCCUUUGCAUAAUAUGCUUAGCUGUGAUAUUGCUAGUUACCAGUCAACUACUUUUCAACAAUAUGUUGUUAUGGAAGAAGAAAAAAGAGAAUGCCAAUCUUGGACGGGAACAUCUGUGAGCGAGUCACAAAGUCAUACUUUCAUGGAAGGAGAUAGUGUUAAUGAUAAUUAUGAGAAUCCAGAUCUAAAAUAUGACCAUUUGUAUUUUGCAAGACUUCUUGGAGAAGAAAAUAUGCAGAACAAUGAGAGGCAAGUGGAGAGUGAACAAUCAAAGUCUAUGUUUAACAGUCCUCAUAAAUCAGAAUCAAAUGCAACUGACACACUGAUGGCAGUUCCGUCUACUGGAAGUCGGACAAGAAAAAGAUGCAGGAGCCAACAAAAUUGGAGAAAAAGACCAGGGAUGGAAAGAGAACAUAUGAUAAAUAACCAGAAGCAAAUGGAACAUCUGCAAUCUGAAUCAACAUUUAAAAAAACAGUUGUAUCAGAAGAACACAAAUGUGAAGUAUUGAUGUUAUAUAAUAAUUCUCAGAAAAGAACAAGAAGGAGGGGACCAGGACUUCCAAAAGCCAACAACUGGAUGAGAUGUGAAACAAAGACAUUGGAUGUUGUGCCUCAAGGUAAUUCUGAACGAGACUACAUUACCACCAUUCAACAAUCUGAAAAUAGGAGAAAAAGAUUUAGCUAUCAUGACAAUAAUAGAAAUGGCCAGAAGCAAGUGCAUCCACAACCUGAGUCCACAUGUGUAAUUCCCUUUACACCAGAAGAAGAUACCACUGGAAUUUCAAUGGAAGACCCAUUUACUAGAGAUAGAAGAAAUACCAGAAGCGAGAGUCCAGAAGAUCUGAUAGUUGGAGAAAUGACUGGAAGUAGACCACCUCAACCUAUUCACCAGGUGGCUUUAGUAAAUGGUCAUCAUCGUGUAUCACCUGAAACUUUUCCACAUCUUAACAUGCAUGAACCUUUACCUAGUCAUAGGCCAGUUUUUCCACUAAACAUAUCUGAGUUGCAAAGAAGGCAUUCUUUCACAUCUUCUCCAACAAGAAAAUACACAGUCUGCACUGCUCAUAGAGGUCAGUCUACAUCUGUAACACCAGCUAACUUUAUCAAUGUGGAAAUUAAUAAAAACGAACACACAAACAUCUUUUCACGUUCUAAUCAGGGAGGUAUGCAGAAUUCUGAAAUAAGUUCUGUUGCUCAAACUUCAAAUACUGGUUUAGAGUUUCCUUUAGCUACAAUUCCUUAUGGAACAUCAGGACAAAUCCUGACACCAAUUCUUGAGGUAGAACAUGAUAAUUGCCCUGAGAUCAUUUUAGAGCCCUGUGACUCAUCUUUAAGUCAAAAUAAUAGAAGAGUUCAUUCUGGUGAAAGUAGUAUUUCUAGUUUUGUUUCUAGUUCUUUUUCACAUUCUACCAGCAAUUCUACAAUUUCUUCAUUACUUUCAUUGUCAACACCCCAUCAAAUGUUUUUGCAAACUCUCCCUGUUUUGGAGACCAUCACUGCAAGGGAUGAAAAUUUACCAGCUACUUUUGAAAUUAAUGAAGACAAUAAUGAACCAAUUUUAUUUUCUCACCCAUCCUCUGAGGCCAGGCAAGGAACACAAGUAGCAGGCCGAGAAGAAUCUGAUGAUAGUGAUUUUUGGCCAUUUUUGCCAAAUUUUGCCAACUUCAAUGAUAUUCAAAAUAACCAUCCUAAAGGACUUACCAAGGAACAGAUUAAUAGUUUACCAAUAAGAGCUUUUUGUGAAAAUGAUAGAUUAAGUAUCUGCACUAUUUGUAUUACAGAAUACACAGAAAGCAGUAGAAUUCGCAUUCUACCUUGCUCUCAUGAAUAUCAUGAUGAAUGCAUUGAUAAUUGGCUACCUGAAAAAUCUAACUGUCCUAUUUGUCGUAGACAAAUAAUCUAUCCCCCUGAUGAUGCAGAAAUUCCAUUUUGAGUUCUUGACCUCAGACAAAUAAAUUGUUAUAAUGAUGAAUGAACAA